AAGCUAUCUUUCUUUCUUUUUAUUUUAACAACUAGUCAUAAUGAAAGGACGGAUUGGCAGUAACUCACCAACUGAGAGUCGCUCGCCUCUCAACAGCUCAAACAAAAGCGAAAGUGCUUCACCUCCUCAUCCCAUAAUAUUCGUACCUGCCCAACAAGACUCUCCACCUCUCCGGUCACCUACUACUCAUAAGGGCGAACGAGAUAUCCCUAGAGCUGGACCUAUCAAUCGUUUAAAAAAUGCUCCUAGAGAUCAGAUACCAGUUAGUAAAUCACCCAGACGUCAAAAGUCUUCUCGCUUUCAUGCCAAAGAUAAAGUCCAACUGGAGCGUACACCUGCAUUUCAUGAAAUCCCACCUCAUCUAAGACAUGAUCUUUUGUUACAAAAGCUACGUCAAUGUAUGGUGAUUUGCGAUUUUUCAGAUCCUUCCACAGAACUCAAUGAAAAGGAAAUUAAGAGGCAAACAUUGCAGGAAAUCCUUGAAUAUAUUGGCAACAAUGUGGGUGUUUUGACAACAGAAGCACCUUACUCAGAGAUCGUCAAACUGUUUUCUAUCAAUUUGUUUCGUACGAUUCCACCUCAAGUGAAUCCUACAGGAGAUGCAUAUGAUCCAGAAGAAGAUGAGCCUGUCUUGGAACUUGCUUGGCCACAUCUACAAAUUGUUUAUGAACUCUUUUUGCGGUUCUUAGAAUCACCCGACUUUAAUAUCAAUUUUGGUAAAAGAUAUAUUGAUCAAAAGUUUAUUUUGCAGCUUCUUGAAUUGUUUGAAAGUGAAGACCCCAGAGAAAGAGAUUUUCUAAAGACAACACUACACCGUAUUUAUGGCAAAUUCUUGAACCUUCGUGCAUUUAUCCGUCGAUCCAUCAACAACAUCUUUUUCCAGUUUAUUUAUGAAACAGAGCGUCAUAAUGGUAUUGCUGAACUAUUAGAGAUUUUGGGUAGUAUUAUCAAUGGAUUUGCAUUACCGCUUAAGGAAGAACACAAACUUUUCUUACGACGUGUCUUGAUUCCUCUUCACAAAGUCAAGUCUCUUGUCUUGUAUCAUCCACAGCUGGCUUAUUGUGUAGUACAAUUCCUGGAAAAGAAUCAUGCACUAGCUCCAGAAGUUAUCACAGGUCUAUUACGAUACUGGCCAAAAGUAAACAGCCCUAAAGAAGUGAUGUUCUUAAAUGAAUUGGAAGAAAUCUUGGAUGUGAUUGAUAAUACUGAAUUUCAGCAAAUCAUGGUACCUUUGUAUAUUAAACUAGGUCAAUGUGUAUCAAACACACACUUUCAGGUAGCAGAGCGUGCAUUGUAUUUCUGGAACAAUGAAUACAUUGUAAGUCUGAUGGCAGAGAACAUGAAUGUGAUUAUGCCCAUUAUAUUCCCCACAUUGUACAAGACAUCAAAAACACAUUGGAAUAAGACCAUCCUAGGCUUAGUCUACAACGCAUUGAAGCUGUGCAUGGGUAUUAACCCUGAAUUAUUUGAUGAAUGCGCAAAUCAAUACAAGUAUCAAAGACAAAUAGAAAGAAAAAGACAAAGGGAAAGAGAAGAGAACUGGAAAAUUUUGCAACGAAAAGUAUCUGGCACGACUUCUGUCACAAUCACAACAAGCACAGAAGACAUGUAUAACUUUUCUUUCCCCAACAAAAUCAGUACAGAUGAUGAUGAUGAUGAUGAUGAUGAAGAAUAUCAAGAAGACUUUGAUAUCAUGACAGACGAAGAAACAGACACUGAAUUGGAACAUGCAAAUCAACAUGAAGAACAACACGAUGUCAUUCGCCCGGAUAUGCAACAAUUCAGUCCAAACCAGCAACAAUUCCAGCAGUUUAGACGAAAAUCUAUUAUACCCGUUGAUGAAACUGUCUUCAAUGAAUUAUCCCGUCAUGUUAGUUUAGAUGAAGUCAUGAAUCAAGCUCCAGGUGCUUCUUCUGCUUGUAGCAGUCCAAUAGAUAACAGCAGUAGUAAUAAUUAAUCAAGCAAUACUCCUCUCUUUUUCUUUAGAUUUCCUUUUUCUUUUUUUUUUGAGAUAAUAAUAAAAAAGUGUUCUACUAGCUUU